AUGUCGGACGUUUUAAGUGAUGAAACAAACGAAGGCGCUAUCGUUAUAAAAGCGCCCACCGAGCAUCCACGCAUAAAGAUUAAUCGUUGGAGGGUUAGGGAGGGCUUUCCGGUUAGCGCCUCUCAAGUUAUAUUGCUAUAUGAAGCUCUUGCCAGCAACGACGACGAUGUUGACGACAAGGAGAAAGGGAAAAGUGGCGAGACCACAGCUCCAAAACCAACAGACGCCACAAUUCAUAAACUAAAGGCUCAAAGGGUUGGUGUUGUAAAGAAGCGCCUGUACAAGGAUGGGGCCAUCGUUAAGGCUGAUACUCCAUUAUUGGAACUCUCGCCAUGUAUUCAUACGACUGUCAUUAAAGACAUGUGCGCCGAUUGUGGUGCAGAUUUGCGCCAAAAUGAAAAUGGCAAUGUAUCUGAGGCCUCUGUACCCAUGGUUCAUUCCAUACCCGAUUUAAAAGUAACACAAAAACUAGCACAAAAAUUGGGACACGAUGAUACACGACGUUUGCUGCAGGAUCGCAAACUUGUGCUACUGGUUGAUUUGGAUCAGACGGUUAUACACACAACCAACGAUAAUGUACCUAAUAACAUAAAAGGUAUAUAUCAUUUUCAAUUGUAUGGCCCCCAGUCGCCAUGGUAUCAUACACGUUUACGGCCCGGAACACCCGAGUUCUUAGAGAGAAUGUCCAAAUAUUAUGAAUUGCAUAUUUGUACAUUUGGUGCACGCAAUUAUGCCCAUAUGAUUGCCCAACUUUUGGAUCCGGAGGGUAAAUUCUUUUCACAUCGUAUUCUGUCGAGAGAUGAGUGUUUUAAUGCCACCAGCAAAACGGAUAAUUUGAAGGCCCUGUUUCCCAAUGGCGAUUCGAUGGUCUGCAUCAUUGAUGAUCGUGAAGAUGUUUGGAAUAUGGCUUCAAAUCUCAUUCAAGUUAAGCCCUAUCAUUUUUUCCAACACACUGGCGAUAUCAAUGCUCCGCCAGGUUUGUCCAAGCAUGAAUUGGAUGGUGAAGGUGUGGAUUUCAAAGAAGAUAAAGAAAAAUCCGGUGCAAAGGAUAAUGAGAAAUCCCCAACUUCUGAGGCAACAUCCACUGAAAAGGAAAUAAAAACCGAUGGAGCGGAAACAAAAACCAAUGAAAUGGAAACAAAAACCGAUAACAUGGAAACGAAAUCCGCAGAAGAUCCUAAAGAUGUAGAUGACCCAUCUGCCUCGAUUAAAGAAGAUGAUACCACCCCAACUGAAACAUUAUCAAAAGUUGAUACAGAUAUGCCUGAUAUUCAGGCUUCAGAAGAAGUAGAGGUAGAAGAAACCCCAAAUGCAGCAGCAGCAACACCAGGAACUGCAGAAAGUCCGCCAACAACGGAAAAUCCAACAAAAGAAGCAAUCGAAAAAGAAAAUUCCGAAGCGGCGGAAGUUACCGAAAAGGUUGAAAAAGAGGUGCAAAUUGCAACAACAACAACAGGUACGCCGAAAGACGUUGUCGACCCCCCGCCAGCCGAAGAAAAAUCGCCCAAAUUUAAAGCACCACAAGAUCCCGCACAACAAAUAGAAAUCGAAGAUCCCGAUGAUUAUCUAUUACAUUUGGAAGUCAUAUUAAAGCAGAUUCAUGCUCGCUUCUAUAGCAUUUACGAUGAGACAAAAGAAAUACCCGACUUAAAAAUAAUCGUACCGAAAAUACGUUCGGAAGUAUUGCGUAAUUGUCAUUUGGUAUUUUCCGGUUUGGUGCCGACAAAUAUGAAAUUGCAACAAUCGCGAGCCUAUUUUAUUGCAAAAAGUUUGGGCGCGGAGGUGUCACAGAACAUUAAUGCAGAUACUACCCACUUGGUAGCCGUUACUGCUGGUACCUUUAAGGUAAAUGCCGCCAAAAAGAAUCCCCGCAUUAAAAUCGUCAAUGUUAAUUGGUUGUGGUCCUGUGCCGAACGAUGGGAACAUGUUGAAGAGAAGCUGUUCCCACUCGAUCGUAAAGUACGCAGCAAACAACGUCAGCCACCAGCACAUUGUCAUAGUCCGGAACAUGUGGUCAAUUACAGUGAUAAAUCGGAAAUAUCUUCCUCAAGUUCAGCACAACAGAAUGCCUCGGAACCGGAAAAAUUUAUUGAUACCAUCAAUCCGCUAUUGUCAUUUUCGAAUGCCGAUUUGGCCGAUAUGAAUCAAGAAUUUGAUCAAUUUUUCGAUUCAGAUUCAUCAUCAGAAGAUGAACAUGUUAAUAUUGAGAAUCCUCCCGUCGAUAAGACAUUGAGAAAACGUAAACGUGAAGAAAACGAAGAGGAGAGGACACGCAAAUUCUUUACACAACCCGAUUCGGUGGGAGCAUUGCCAGCUAAAGUUGCCCGCGGUGAAGAUUUGGAUGAUAAGACUUCCAGUGAGGAUGAAGAGGAUGAGGAAGAAGAGGAAAUGCCCAGUGAGAAAUUUAGAAGGGGUGAAGAUUUGCCAUCUGAUUUGGAUAUUGGCAAUUCCGACUCCAAUGACGGUAGUGAUGACAACAAUCCCGAUGAAGAAGAUGAUGGCGAUUGGAAUAUGAUGGGUGCCGCUUUAGAAAGAGAAUUUUUAGGUCUUGAAGAUUAGAAGUGCAGCGCUAAUACAAACUGUACGCUUUAAGUUAAUAGUUAUUAUUAUUUUUUUAAUAUAAUAAGUUACUAUAAUUUAAGCUAAUCUAUUAUAUAUAUAAAACAAUUUUAAAUUUAUACACUGAUGAGGAAAUUGUAUAAAUAAGAAAAGUUGUGUAUGUAACAAAGUUAUCUUUUAAAACUGAUAGUUUUUAUGUU